UUUCUGGAAUGGAGGGUGUGGGAGGCCGGCCAGCUUGAGGAGGGUGAGGGGCCACGUCCUGAACCACUCAGGAAGCCUGAAGUCUUAAGGUAGAAGGCUGAGAGGAAGAAGGUCACUGGGCCCCGGCUGGCCGUUCCCCUGGAGAGAAAACUGCAUUCUAGACAGAGCAAGUGACUUUGGCACAGUCCCACAGCAAGUGGGCAACAAAGGAUCAAGAUGACCACAGCCACCACUUUGGGGGACGCUGUCUUCUCGCUGAACAUGACCAGAGGAGAAGACUUCCUGUAUAAGAGUUCUGGAGCCAUCGUGGCUGCCAUCGUGGUGGUGGUCAUCAUCAUUGUCGCCUUGGUUCUGAUCCUGCUGAAGAUGUACAACAGGAGAAUGAGGACCAGGCGGGAGCUGGAGCCCAAGAGCCCGAAGCCACCUGUGCCUCCUGCCCUGGACCCAAACAGCAACGGUGGCCAGCAGCCUGCGACUGUGACCUUCAACCCUGCAGACAACCAAGUGGAGACUCGGUGACCCUGCUCCACGCCAUCCCUGCCUCUGCAAAGAGCUUUUACGACCCAGAAACACACUCUUCUGGCAGCUUCACUGAGUUCUUUCUGGUUGGGUAAACUGAGGCACCUUUCAUAUAGCCCCUGCAGCUUGAAGCCAUCCUUAACUAUGUUCUGCUCUGGCCUCCCAGCUGUGUCCAUAUCCCUGCUGCCACUGUACCAAAGAGCUAAGGACGUUCUUUAGGACAUUGUCACCUGAUGAGAA